GAGAUAUGUGGAGUGGCUCUAGCGCUCGGUGGUAACGCAGAAAACACGCAAGAUGAAGAAGCAGUUCAACCGAAUGAGACAGCUCGCCAACCAAACAGUGGGCAGGGCUGAAAAAACAGAAGUUUUAAGUGAGGACCUGCUGCAGGUGGAGAAGCGUCUGGAGCUGGUCAAGCAGGUUUCCCACAGCACACACAAGAAGCUGACCGCCUGUCUGCAGGGCCAGCAGGGCGUCGACGUGGACAAGAAGUCUGUCAGGUCACCCUCGAAGAAGCUUCCUCUCACGACACUCGCACAAUGCAUGGUGGAGGGUGCAGCUGUGCUCGGAGACGAGUCUCUGCUCGGGAAGAUGCUGAAGCUGUGCGGCGAGACGCAGGACAGGCUCGCUCAGGAGCUCAUCCUGUUCGAGCUCACCAUCGAGAGGGACGUGAUCGAGCCGCUGUACGACCUCGCAGAGGUGGAAAUCCCAAACAUCCAGAAACAAAGGAAACAUUUAGCGAAGCUGGUCCUGGACAUGGACUCUGCACGAACACGGUACUACCAGUCUACCAAGUCUUCGGGAUUGUCCAGCAACCUGCAGCCAACGGGAGCGAAGGCCGACCACCUCAGGGAAGAGAUGGAGGAGGCAGCCAACCGCAUGGAGAUCUGUCGAGAUCAGCUAUCAGCAGACAUGUACAGUUUUGUGGCCAAAGAAAUUGACUAUGCAAGCUACUUCCAGACACUGAUAGAAGUCCAGGCAGAGUACCACAGGAAGUCAUUAGAGCUGCUUCAGAGUGUUCUGCCGCAGAUCAAAGCUCAUCAGGAAACCUGGGUGGAGAAGCCGUGCUACGGGAAACCAUUAGAGGAGCACUUAGCGCUCAGCGGGAGAGAUAUUGCGUUUCCCAUCGAGGCCUGUGUCACCAUGCUGCUGGAGUGUGGCAUGCAGGAGGAGGGUUUGUUCCGAAUCGCUCCGUCGGCCUCCAAGCUGAAGAAGCUGAAGGCGUCUCUGGACUGCGGCGUGCUGGACGUUCAGGAAUACUCCGCAGACCCGCACGCCAUCGCAGGUGCUCUGAAGUCGUACCUGCGUGAGCUUCCCGAGCCGCUGAUGACCUUUGACCUCUACAACGACUGGAUCCAGGCCUCCAACAUCCAAGAUCAAGACAAGCGACUCCAGGCUCUGCUCAACGCCUGCGAGAAACUUCCUCCAGCCAACAACAACAACUUCAAGUAUUUGAUCAAAUUCCUCUCCAAACUGACUGAAUAUCAGGACGUGAACAAGAUGACGCCCGGAAACAUCGCGAUCGUCCUCGGACCAAACCUGCUGUGGACUCACAACGAAGGCAACAUCACCGAGAUGAUGACGACAGUUUCGCUGCAGAUCGUCGGCAUCAUCGAGCCCAUCAUCCAGCACGCCGACUGGUUCUUCCCCGGAGAAAUCGAGUUCAACGUCACAGGGAACUACGGCAGCCCCGUCCACACCAACCAUAACGCCAACUACAGCUCCAUGCCGUCUCCGGACAUGGACCAGAUGGAUCGCAAGCAGAACGACCAGAGCCGACGGCCGCUCAGCGUCGCCACGGACAACAUGAUGCUGGAGUUCUAUAAGAAGGACGGCAUUAGGAAGAUUCAAAGCAUGGGUGUCAGGGUGAUGGACACUUCUUGGGUGUCGCGCAGGGGCUCGUCGUCCACGCGUAAAACCUCCUCCACGCCACCGAGCGUGCAUCCCCCCGUCCCGCCCACCGACGCUCUCGUCCCCGAGCAGGAUUUCUCUGCCUCCCCCUCCCCCACCCCUCCUCCCACUAGCAGCGACCGAGCCAGUACUCUGAAGAACAAGGAGUUGUCUCCAGUGAUUGGACAGAAGGGACUCCAGGGGACAGUGACCUCUAGUGGACAGUCUGAGCACAGCCCACACACCCUGAGGAGAGCAAAGAAGCUGGCCCCGAUCCCCCCCAAAGUCCCAUACUGCCAGUCGGGAGCCAUGUCCGACCAGUCGACCGGUCAGCCGUCUCCGGUCAGCCUGUCGCCCACCCCUCCCAGCACCCCGUCCCCGUACGGCUUCAGCUACCCGCAGGGCUACGCCACCAUCGGCUCCCCGAGUCAGCUCCAGACGGCCACCACCCCGUCCCUGUCCUCUCCGCCCUCGCUGGCCGGCACCCUCACCAAGGCCCGGCCGACCCCCAAACCGCCCCGGCAGAGGCCCAACCUGCCUCCUCCGCAGCCUCCCACCACCCCCGGCACGAGUCCCCAGCCUCUGGAGCAUUCGUCGGGUCUCCUGGAUGGUUUGUCUCCCGGGGAAAGCAUGUCCACAGAUUCCCUCUGCAACUUGGACAUCCCCAUCAUUAACAUGGAACUGGACGGUAUUUUUGACUUGCCCCACAUCUCCCCCUUCAGGAACUCGGUGGCGCUGCUCGAGUCGACCGGCAGCAGAAAUGCGGAUUCGGAGGAAGAGUCUGAGAGCACAGUGCUAUGACGCCACUGAGUUCCCCCCUCCACCUCAGCCGGCUCAUCAAACGAAAACACAAAGCUACUGCUGCACUGUCUCGCUCAUUCAUUGACCUUUCACCUCUCCGGCUGGAUUACUUCCGGAUCCUCCUCACCACACCUCGCCCGUAUCGAUCCGGAGGGGGCCGACAUGUAAAAACAAAGCGCUUCUAUACAGUAAAAUAACACUAAAAAAAAUACAGCAAACACACACACACGAGGUGUUAGCGACAAUGUUGUCAAGGGACUUCUGAUCAAAUACGCGGUUUGACAUUUUACAUUGGCUGGAUUCUUUUUCUUUUUUAAGUUAAUGUUUCUUUCUGUUUUGCCUUAUUUGAUUCACUUGCAAUAUUGCCUUUAACGUCACACACGAGACUGGAAACGGGCUGCUGGGAGGAAUGAGUGCUCUUCACUGCUGCUGCUGCUUCUGAUGAGUGAAUUUUUAGAAGAACAAAAACGCCACAGUACUGUACAUCUGUCCUGGUUAAUUCUUCUUCUUCUUCUUCUUUCUCGCACCGUUUCCCCCCCUCCCUCAUCCCUCAGG